ACAAAAAAAAAAUUCUCAACUAAAAUUUGUACGAACAAAAAUUUUCCUAUCUGCUGGUGCACAAAGCAAAGCUUUUAUACAAAAUCCAAAGCAAUUUAAACCAAAGCGAGGAAGCAACAAAAAUAAAACAUGUCGGAGCCGGCAUCGAUCUGUCACAAGUGCAAUGAGGUCAUACAGCAGCGCAUCAUUACGGCGCUGGGCAAAACCUGGCAUCCGGAGCACUUUGCCUGCAAGGACUGCCAGCGUCCCAUCACCGAGGCCACAUUCAACAUACAGAGCGGGGAGCCGGUCUGCUCCGAUUGCUUUGUGAGCAACUACUCGGGCACCUGUUUCGGCUGCAAGCAACCCAUCUUGGAGCGCACCAUCAAGGCCAUGGAGCAGUCGUGGCACGAGGAGUGCUUUGUAUGCGCCGGUCCAUGCAAGAAGCCGCUGGUGGGCACCUCAUUCUACGAGCGGGACGGUCGACCCUACUGUCGCAUCGACUUUGAGCAGCUGUUCGCGGCCCGCUGUGCCGGCUGCACUCUGCCCAUAACGGAGAAUGCCAUUGUGGCGCUCAACGCCAAGUGGCAUCGGGAUUGCUUCAAGUGCAAGAAGUGCCUGACGCCCAUUACGGCCAGCACGUUCGCAGUGGAGGACAAUAAGCCAAUGUGCACGGCCUGUUCGGAGUAGGCUGGAAGGCGGCCCGGGCACCCUCUGCACGGACGGACGGACGGACGCACAACAGAUCGAUGUAUAUUAUAGAUGUUUAUGGUAUUUGUAGUAUUCGCAGUUGUUGAACAAAGCUAAAACGUAACACAACUAGAGUUUAAACACAACAUAUUCGAAAGUCAACGUUCGAGUCUAAGCUAACAAAAAGGAAAAAGAGUUCCGACUACUCCACAAUAAACACACGCACACACACACACACACACACACACACUCGCCACUUGGAGAGCUCCGCCUACUUCACCUUUAGCUGCAUUCGGAUGUACUAAAAUAUAUAGAUAUUUUAUUAUUUUUAUUAUUUUUUUUUUUUAUAUAUAAAAUGCAUUUUAUACGAAAGAUGCAUUUAGAACAGAGAUGCCAGAGCUGUCAAGAGUUGUUUGGCGCGAGAAGUGUGGCCAGGGGUAUGGGGUAGGGGAUGCGGGCGGAUGCGUGGGCGUGUGGAGUCAACGUAUAUAUAUAUAUAUGCAUGUUUUUACAUAGUUGUUAUAUAUUCUACACCUAACUCGCAUACACUUUGUCGCCUGCAACACUAUCUCUCUCGCUCUCUCUCUUUCUCUAUAACUAUCUCUUUUAUCUCACAUGUUAUCUCUUUCUAAAUUGUAUUGUUAUUCUGAAGCUAUACAAAUAUAUGACAAUUAAUCUUGA